AUGCAGGACCCUCUGAGAGCCAGUGACAGGGUGCUGGAGGAAGUGGGGUGCUACCUAAUAGACGAGGAGGAUGCCAUGGUGUACCGCCGGCCCUACCUCGCUAGUGCCUCACCCCUUUACCAUCCCGUCAAUCUCUCUCUCCCCUCACGUCCACCCUUCACCACAUGCCAGGAUCCACUAAGAGCCAGUGAUCGAGUGCUGGAGGAAGGGGGGUGCUAUCUAAUCAAGGAGGAGGAUGCAGUGGACCCGCUUUUGAGGCGCCUCAAAAGUCGGCUCUCCCCUUGCUCCUCGUUCUCCAACUGCUGGCAGGACCCGCUACGUGCGAGCGAUCGAGUGCUGGAGGAGGCCGGCUGCUACCUGAUAGACGAGGAGGAUGCAAUGGUGUACCGCCGGCCCUACCUCGCCAGUGGUGCCUCGGGGUUUGCACUCACAUCCAUCACCCGAGCGUUUCAGAAGGAUCUCAAGUGGCGCAUGGGGCUGUGCUCUCACCUCACAGCCAUCACCCGGGCCAGUGGCGCAUGGGGCUGUGCUCUCACCUCACAGCCAUCACCCGGGCCAGUGGCGCAUGGGGCUGUGCUCUCACCUCACAGCCAUCACCCGGGCCAGUGGCGCAUGGGGCUGUGCUCUCACCUCACAGCCAUCACCCGGGCCAGUGGCGCAUGGGGCUGUGCUCUCACCUCACAGCCAUCACCCGGGCCAGUGGCGCAUGGGGCUGUGCUCUCACCUCACAGCCAUCACCCGGGCCAGUGGCGCAUGGGGCUGUGCUCUCACCUCACAGCCAUCACCCGGGCCAGUGGCGCAUGGGGCUGUGCUCUCACCUCACAGCCAUCACCCGGGCCAGUGGCGCAUGGGGCUGUGCUCUCACCUCACAGCCAUCACCCGGGCCAGUGGCGCAUGGGGCUGUGCUCUCACCUCACAGCCAUCACCCGGGCCAGUGGCGCAUGGGGCUGUGCUCUCACCUCACAGCCAUCACCCGGGCCAGUGGCGCAUGGGGCUGUGCUCUCACCUCACAGCCAUCACCCGGGCCAGUGGCGCAUGGGGCUGUGCUCUCACCUCACAGCCAUCACCCGGGCCAGUGGCGCAUGGGGCUGUGCUCUCACCUCACAGCCAUCACCCGGGCCAGUGGCGCAUGGGGCUGUGCUCUCACCUCACAGCCAUCACCCGGGCCAGUGGCGCAUGGGGCUGUGCUCUCACCUCACAGCCAUCACCCGGGCCAGUGGCGCAUGGGGCUGUGCUCUCACCUCACAGCCAUCACCCGGGCCAGUGGCGCAUGGGGCUGUGCUCUCACCUCACAGCCAUCACCCGGGCCAGUGGCGCAUGGGGCUGUGCUCUCACCUCACAGCCAUCACCCGGGCCAGUGGCGCAUGGGGCUGUGCUCUCACCUCACAGCCAUCACCCGGGCCAGUGGCGCAUGGGGCUGUGCUCUCACCUCACAGCCAUCACCCGGGCCAGUGGCGCAUGGGGCUGUGCUCUCACCUCACAGCCAUCACCCGGGCCAGUGGCGCAUCGGGCUUUGCUUCGAUCCCCCUCCAAGCCGUCACUCCCCCUGGUGGUCGCCAAGGCCAGAUCUGCAGUCUCAAGCCAGGCCUCCUCUCAAGCCAGCCCUCCUCCUCAAGCCAGCCCUCCUCCUCAAGCCAGCCCUCCUCUCAAGCCAGCCCUCCUGCUGUCUUAAUGCCAGCUCUCCUCCUGUCAUCUGGGGGCAUCAACCACCGCUGCUGCUGCUGCUGCCACCGCUCAGAGCUUUGGCUUUAUUCUUCCCCGCUCCCCACUCUGCCCCUCCCAGCCGUCACUCCCCCUGGUGGUCGCCAAGGGCCUCUCGGCCGCUUAAUGCCAGCUCUCCUCCUCACCCACUGUCAUCUGGGGCAUGAAGGACCGCUGGCAGUCAUUUCAUGCCCCCCCUUGUUCCCCCCCUCUCUCCCUCCCUCUUCCCUCCCAGCUGUCACUCCCCCUGGUGGUCGCCAAGGCCCUCUCUGUCCCUCCUCCUCAAGCCAGCUCUCCUCCUAUCAUCUGGGGGCAUCAACCACCGCUGCUGCCGCCACUCGACUUUGGCUUGAUAAUGCUGCUGCUGCCACUCGACUUUGGCUUGAUAAUGCUGCUGCUGCCACUCGACUUUGGCUUGAUAAUGCUGCUGCUGCCACUCGACUUUGGCUUGAUAAUGCUGCUGCUGCCACUCGACUUUGGCUUGAUAAUGCUGCUGCUGCCACUCAACUUUGGCUUGAUAAUGCUGCUGCUGCCACUCGACUUUGGCUUGAUAAUGCUGCUGCUGCCACUUUCCUCCUCAGCCACAGUCGUCUGGGGCAUGAAGGACCGCUGCUGCUGCCACUGGGCUUUGGCUUGAUAAUGCCUGCGUUCCUCGCUGCUGCCGCCACUGGGCUUUGGCUUGAUAAUGCCUGCUUGUGCCCUUCCUCUCUCUUUAUCCCCCCCCCUUACCAGGCGUCACUCCCUCUGGUCUCCAAGGCCCUCGCUGCUGUGUCUGCCCAGCCCUCCUCCUCUUCCACCGUUAUUUGGGGCAUGAAGGACCGCUGGCAGUCGUUUGAUGGGGUCAGGGAGACGUGCAGGGCAUCCGGGGCCAUUCUAGUGACUCUGGACGAGGUGAGUAUAGAGAGAGGAAUUGGUAGUGAGGUCUCUCUAAAGUCAUGUGGGGCAUGA